UCGUCAUGACCAGAACUAGGGGAGAAGAGAGAGAGCGCGUCGGUCAGGCACGCUGUACUCUGGUGUUGCUUUGGCUGACAGUGACCCCUGAUUUGUCCUCCGCUUGGAGCAGCAGUGAUCCCCUUAAGCAGCAGCGGUGGCCAGUUCCUUACAGGCGUUUUGAAUUCCGUCCUACACCAGAUCCUUAUUGUCAAGCUCAAUAUACUUUCUGCCCAGCUGGUUCUCCUAUUCCACUUAUGAGGGAUGAUGAUGUCAUAGAAGUUUUUCGAUUACAAGCACCAGUAUGGGAAUUUAAAUAUGGUGAUCUCCUAGGGCAUUUGAAUAUUAUGCAUGAUGCUAUUGGGUUCAGGAACACUUGGACAGGCAAGAACUACACCAUGGAAUGGUAUGAACUCUUCCAACUGGGAAACUGCACAUUUCCCCAUCUCCGACCUGAAAUGAAUGCACCAUUCUGGUGUAAUCAGGGAGCUGCCUGUUUUUCUGAAGGUAUUGAUGAUAAUCACUGGAAAGAAAAUGGGACUUUGGUUCUGAUAGCAACCAUAUCAGGAAAAAUAUUUAACCAAAUGGCAAAGUGGGUAAAACAGGAUAAUGAAACAGGUAUUUAUUAUGAAACAUGGAAUGUUCAAGCCAGUCCAGAAAAAGAGUCAACAGUAUGGUUUGAAUCUUAUGACUGUUCCAAAUUUGUCUUAAGAACAUAUAUAAAGUUGGCUGAAUUUGGGGUCGAGUUUAAGAAGAUAGAAACCAACUAUACCAGAAUAUUUCUGUACAGCGGAGAACCUAUGUAUGUGGGAAAUGAAACUUCAAUUUUUGGACCUACAGGAAAUAAGACUCUUGCUACUGCUAUAAGGAGAUUUUAUUACCCAUUUAAACCUCAUUUGUCAACUAAAGAAUUUUUAUUAAGUCUCUGGAAAAUAUUUGAUGUAGUGGUUAUCCACAGGCAAUUUUAUUUAUUUUAUAAUUUUGAAUAUUGGUUUUUACCAAUGAAGCCUCCCUUUAUAAAAGUAACAUAUGAAGAAAUUCCUUUACCAAGCAAAACACUGGUUUCUAGAACAUUGGGACUUUGAGAGGGACAUGUCAGUAUUGCCUUUUUGGGUAUUCAGGGAGUGAGUGAUUUGAUCCUAUUAUGGAUCAUCCAGGAACCCUAUGCCUAUUCUCCUUUCAUAGGUGGCGAAAUUCAAAUCAACAAAUCACUUUAUCUGUUAACAUCUCUUGGGAUUUGGGUGGGGAGAAGUAAAUAUAGUAUUGAAUUGGCAAAAGUUAGCCUCUUGGAUUAUCUGGAUUUCAAGAGUACAUUAACAUGGAAGAAGAAUCACAGUCUGUGGGGUUAAUAUUAUACAGACUGUUAUAGUGCCUUGUACAUAGGUGCUUAAUAAAUGUUGGAAUUGAAUUAUAUAAUUGCAGGGGAAAGGUUUUAUGUUUUCUGUAUAACACUUAAAACUUUUAAAUAGUCUUCUAUGUUAUAAUCAUUUUAGAGUGCUUUGGAUCCAGAUAUGGCACUGAAUGAGUUCUGCUUAUUGGAGUUUUUAAGACUUCUUUUUAAACAUAGCAAGUAUAAAAAUUUUUCCUUUUGGUGACAAAGUGCUUAUUCCAGUCUCACCCCAGACUUUGAGCUUCAGAAUUUCCUGAAGUUUGCAAUAUCAGGUUUGAAUUGAUUACAUAAUGUUUCAUUGGUUUGUCAGAAAAUAUCUGAAUUCCUAUGGGCAGAAUUAAUCCUUAAUAUUUUACUAGUUUUACUUUCCACUUCAAUAAUUAGCAAUGAUAUGUAGGAUCAAGUAAUAAUGUUAUAGUUUACUAAAGCAUUGUAUUCCUCAAUUAUACAUGCAGGCAGUCUUCUCUUGAUGUCUUUUCAUGACACCAGUUCACUAGUGCCACAAAAUUACAAUUCUCAAUCCAUUAUCUUGCUCAUGGUCAGUUUUAGCCAUAGCCAGUUUUUGAAAAAGCAUCCUUGUUAAAAGGAUGGAAGUAUUAGAAAGGCAUCCCAGUAGGGAGCAAGUAUAAAAGCUUAUACACAUUUUUGUUUUUUACCAAAUAACAUAUGUGAAGAUAACAAUCCAUUCCAGGAACAAGAUGAAAUAAAAAUCAGGGACAACUAGUUGGAGUAAAGGCUGUAUUAUAAGUUAACAUUUUUAAACCUCGUUGAAAAAUUAGAACAUCUUUUAGAUGUAACUGAUGUUGCCAAAAUAAAGGUUAUAUGUAUCAUGUCAUA